GAUCCGGAGGAGUCAUGUGACUAAAGAGGAAGCGGCGGUAAAGAUGAGCGCUGUGUACGGUGGAGUGGAGGGUGGUGGGACACACUCUAAAGCUGUUUUGCUUUCUGCUGAUGGAUGUAUCCUUGCUGAAACAGAUGGACCAUGCACCAACCACUGGUUGGUUGGUGUUGAUAAUUGUAUCGAUGGUAUCAACGAUAUGGUCCAGAGAGCUAAAAUCAAGGCUGGGCUGGACCCAAACACACCAGUUUCUUCAUUGGGCAUGUCAUUGAGCGGCGGAGAGCAAAAAGCUGCUAUACAGAAACUGAUCGAUGAUAUGAAGGGAAAAUAUCCAAACCUGAGCCAAAGUUAUUUUAUUACAACUGAUGCCAUUGGUGCUGUGGCAACCGCCAGUGACCACGGAGGUAUAGUGGUCAUAUCAGGGACUGGUUCAAACUGUAAGUUGGUGAAUCCUGAUGGCACACAAGUUGGCUGUGGGGGCUGGGGUCACAUGAUGGGAGAUGAGGGUUCAGCAUACUGGAUUUCUCAUUUAGCUGUCAAAACUGUUUUCGACGCCAGAGAUAACCUUAUCACACCCCCUCACGAUGUCACCUUGGUUAAGAAGGCCAUGGAAGAAUACUUCCAGGUGUCUGAUCUAAUGGGGAUGUUGCCUCAUUUGUACAGAAACUUUCAGAAGUCGCACUUUGCAGGAUUUUGCAGGAAACUGGCUGAAGGUGCUAAUGCUGGUGAUGCGUUGUGCAAACAUGUGUUUACUGAGGCUGGAAAGGCCCUUGCACAACACAUUGUAGCUGUUUUGCCUAAAGUGCAUCAGGAUCUGUUUACCGGUGAGCUUGGAUUGCCUAUCCUGUGCGUUGGUUCGGUGUGGCACAGCUGGGAACUGAUGAAGUCUGGUUUCACUCAGGUCAUAUCAGAGGCUCAGGCUACCGGUUACAGUCACUUCUGUAAGUACAGCCUGCUCACUUUACACCAGUCCUCUGCUCUUGGUGGAGCCAAACUGGGAGCACAGAACGCAGGUGCCACCCUCCCGUUGGACUACUCUGCCAAUGCCAAUGUGUUUUUCAGCCAUACUUUUACCAAUCAGUGAUCGGAUGAAACAGACCUGAGGUCAGAAGCAACACUACAUUCUUAAUAAAGGACAGAAGUGGGA